GUUUCUGUUUCAUCGCGAUUCUUUGACUUUGAAUAUUCGAGAUACAACAGACAAAUGAUCGGCCCGAAGGUAUUACCAACAGUCUCGUCGCUUUCCGCUGGAAUCGGCGUUUGGCUUGGUAGUAACUACGAACGCUGGAAACGAAGGGACAGGUUUUCGAAAAAUAAUAACACUGACAGUGACAUUGACAGCGACAGGAAAUUGCUUGACCUUUCACGUGUUGUUGUCCAUGCGUCCAGCACGCCAGUAAACAGAGAUGGAGCCAUAGUUCCUGGACAACAACCGACACCACCCACAGCGUCGAAUCGGCUCCAAGAGAUUAUGAAGUAUGGUUACCCUGGAUUUGAUCAAAUACGAAGCUAUGACAAUUUCGUGUUGUCCUAUGACCGCCGACACCGCAAUGCCCACUGGGUGUUUGAACAGUUGACGCCUGACAAUCUGAAAUAUGAUGAGAACGUCAGCAGGAAAUCGUCGUCAUUCAAAGAGGAUACGUCCAUUCACAAGUAUUUCAGGGCAGCACCGCAAGACUACAAGGGUUACAAGUUUGACAAAGGACAUCUAGCGGCUGCCAACAAUCACAGGAUUUCACAGAAAGUUCUUGAUCAAACGUUCCUUCUGAGUAAUAUUUCACCACAGGUUGGCGAAGGCUUCAACCGGGGUAUAUGGAAUGGUUUGGAGAAAUAUGUCCGAGCUGUUGCAAGGAAGAAUAAAAAUGUCUACGUCUGCACCGGCCCACUCUACUUACCCACGCCAGAAAACGGGAAGCUUUACGUGAAAUAUGAAGUCAUUGGCAAUAACCAGGUGGCCGUUCCAACACAUUUCUUCAAAGUUCUGGUAAUCGAAGACAACAGUGGGCAGCUUGAACUUCAGUCCUAUGUGCUACCAAACCAGCCCAUUCCCAACGGAGUUCCCCUGAAGACAUAUUUCUAUCCUGUUGAUGCCAUUGAAAGAGCUGCUGGGUUUCUUCUCUUUGACAAGAUUCCAAAGAGGACUUUUAAAAAAAUAAAUGGGUUGAAGAAUUCUUAAAAAUAAA